AUGUUCAUAAUUGGUGUUAAAUAUACAAUACUAGCUAUAAUAUAUAGUACUUUACUUAAAAAUCCUAGGAUAUCUGUUUUUGGGCGUUUAGAACGCGAUGGAGUUCGUUCCCUUUUUCAUGAUAUUAGCUAUUCUCCAAUAAUUAGUGAUUAUAAUUUUCUUAAAGCUGAAGAUAACUUAGUAAAUGAGAAACAGAAGAUCUGGAAAACAUGGUUAGACCCUUUACAUAAAGGAUCUUUAAAAGGUUUCCCUACUUUUUUGGAAGCCUUAGAUAUUUUGAAUAACUUCCAGAAUAAAUUUGGAAAUAACUAUAUACGUAGAAAAUCUAUAGGAAUUUCUGUUGAAGGUCGUAGUAUUGAUGCAUUUAUCAUAGGUAUAUUUAAUUCAACUGAUAUACCAAAUAAUAUCCCUUCAGUUUUAGUUACUUCAAUGCACCAUUCUAGAGAACCAGAAAGUUUGGUUACUGGUAUUUACUUUAUAGGAAGACUAUUAGAAGAAGCUGUGAAAUUAAAAGAUUUAACUUCAUUAGCUUUAUUAUCUUCAACAAUAAUUUGGUAUAUUCCAUUUGUAAAUCCUGAUGGCUAUGUUGCAAUAGAAAGGACAAAAGCUUAUGGUAUAAGGAAGAACCAAAGGAAUACUUGUAAUUCAUAUAAUCCAUUGUAUAAAGGUGUAGAUAUAAAUAGAAAUUAUGACUUUAUGUUCAAAAAUGUAGUUUCUGAAUGUGAUCCACAAGAGUACUCAGGACCCUAUCCUUUCUCAGAACCAGAAACUAGAGCUAUUAGGAAUUUAAUUAGAAAAUUUAAAACUUUCAAAACAGCUAUUAAUCUUCAUACAUAUGGUGACUUGUGGACAAUUCCAUGGAAUUGUUGCAAAGAUAUGCCUAUGGCUAAAAAUUUUUCAGAUAUUUACAAUGAAUUACGUUAUGAAAUACUUCUUACAUCUCCAAGUUGUAUUUUCAGAGUAAUAAAUACUAUAGAUCGACAAAAAUUGGAAUCUUUAAAUUAUAAAAAAUACUCUGUUUCACUUUUUUUAAAUAUGUCAAAAAGCUUUGAAGAUAUAUCUAGAUAUUGUUUUUCUUCAGCUCCAAAUAAUCCAUAUAUUAUGUAUGAAGCAUCAGGAGAAGCUGAUGACUACUUACUUGGAAUUGAAAAUGUUAUUUCUUUAUCUCCUGAGAUAGGCCCUGAGGAAUUCGGUUUUUAUCCUCCAUUAAAUCAAAUUAUCCCUAUAGCUCAAAGAUAUUAUCCCCAGUUAUUUGCUGUUGCUUUUAAAGCUUCUACAGAAUAUAGUUUAAAUUCUUCUUUGAAGCUCAUAGAAAGUGGAAAUUUUAAUAAUACACAAGGCACUUUAGAACUUAAUAUUUUUAAUAGUGGCCUUAGCUCUGGUUGUAUUGAUAAUAAAACCUGUGAAAUGUUUGUUGCAUGGAGUGUUGUAACAUCAAACUGUUUAGUAGACAAUGAAUAUUUGCCUGGUCAAAUGACACUUGGUAAUUACAUAGCUGGGUUUAGAUAUAGAAAUGUUUUAAAUACAUAUAAACCCUUAUGUAAUAAUAAAAAUGUUCAUAUAACUCAAUUAUCAAUUACUCCUCAAGUUAAUAUAUUAAAAUCAUUAAGGAAUAAUAUUUUUAGUUACUCUCCAUCUGUAGGAAGUCGUUCUACUGUAAGUUUUCAAAUAUUAGUGGAUAUAAAAUCUUCCUUUGAUGUAAUAACUAAAAAUUCAUAUCUUAAAGCUUGCAUUUUAGUGAAUCAAUACUCAAUAAAUAGUGAACCUAUUUGUCAUUGUGGUUUUGCAGCUAUUUAUAAUGAAACUUCAGAUAACUUUGUAUCAAAAAUGGCAUUAGUACCAGAUUCAAAUGAACUUUGCAAAAGUAUUCUACAAAUAGCAACAAUAAAUCUCCAACUGUUACAAACUACAGAACCAGAAGUGAUAACUACCCCAGUUGAAACAAUUACUUUUGAGAAAGCUAUAAAUAGUCAUUUUUAUAGAUAUAUAUAUUUGCUAAUCUUAUCACUAGGAGCUAGUCUCCUUAGUUUAACUAUUCAAAUGAUUAGAAAAUCAUUUCCAAAGUCUAAUAAUGAUAUGAUCUCGGAUAUUAACCCAAAUAUUGGGGAAUCUUCUGUUGAGGCUAAAUCAAAAACUAUUGUGGAGUUAACUAUGGUAAAUGUGGUAGAUAACUUCCAUACUUCUAUGAAAUGUGACAACUUAAAAAUAGUCUUAGAGCCUACAGAUAUUGAAAAUUUGCCAACAGAAGUUAAAAAUUCCGAUAAAUAA